AUGAGGCCAUUGUUUUACAGCCUCUUCGAAACGAGGAUCGGCCAUUCGGACCCGAGCUUGAUACGCGCGGCCCGGUCUGGGGGUGUGAGGAAUCUGCUUGUGAUAUGCCUCGACUCGGCCGAGCAAAUGCUAAACAUUCUUGCAAAUUUGCAGAGUCAGGACAUCCUUGAGGGUUUUCUGCGAUUCGACCUCGAUGCUACCUUCCCAACUCAUAUUACGCUGUUAAUGGCACCAACCAUUGACCCCUCUCCGGUAAAGGACCAAUCGACAUCGUUACAGCGUAGCUACAGUCUGUUGGAUGAUCUCGUGUCCUGCGGAAUCAUGGUGGCUGUCCAGAUGAAAUUAGAGCUACGACAACUGGAAGACACUCUUAGUUAUUCGCCUAUGGAUGAUGAAUUCAAGCCAGGAGAAACACCUCCACAGCAGAACUCAUACUGCUCAACACCAGCAGAAGGCCCUUCUCCAAAGUCACUACUACCGCAACAUAUGUGUCCCCAAGACAAGUUCCAGCCGCUAGAAGAUGCUCUACAGAUGGACGGGCUCUGGUGGCAGGAUUGUGUCACAGCAGAGCAUCUUGCCAAUUUUGCUAAUUCAAUCCAUCUAGAUAGUCUAGACAUCUUGUAG